CCCCCCCCCCCCCGGGGUUCAGUCGAGUCGCACGACUCCGUUGCAGAGGAGACCCCCCCCCUAUUCGAGACCCCCCUAUUCGGGACCCCACCGCUCCCCCCUGUCCCGCUCCACCCCUUGGCCGCUCCGUCUCUGCGCUCCUCGAUUCGCGUUCCCUCCGUCUCUGCGCUCCUCCGUCCGUGGACUUCCCCGUCUCGGGGCUCCUCCGUCUGUGAGUUGCUCCAUCCGUGAGCUCCUCCGUCCCCCCCCUCCUCCUCCUCCCCCUCCUCUUGCGUUCUCCUCGCGUCGCGAUGGGAGCGCUGCCGCCGCUGCUGCUGGAGGUGAUGGUGGUGAUGGUGGCGCUGGUGAUGGUGUUGGUGUCUCCGAGCUGCCCGUCUCCGCUGGAGGGAGGGGGCCACGAGGCGGCCCCGGCCGUGGCGGGAGGCCGCCACGCCGUCUACUGGAACAGCAGCAACCCGCGGCUCUACCGGAGCGACUACACCCUGGAGGUGAAGAUCGGCGACUACGUGGAGUUCUACUGCCCGCACUACCUGGUGGGCCGCGGGGGAGCCGCCUCCCUCCCGGCGGGGGGCGAGUGGGAGAGCCACCUGAUCCACCUGGUGCCGGCGGGCGGCUACAGGGCGUGCGACACCUCGCGCCCGGGCUUCAAGCGCUUCAACUGCGACCGCCCGCGCACGCCGCACGACCCCCUCAAGUACGUGGAGAAGAUCCAGCUCUACACGCCCUUCUCGCUCGGAGCCGAGUUCCUGCCCGGCAGGGAUUACUACUACAUCUCCGUUCUUGGAAACGGAAACUCCAAGAAGUGUUUGAGGCUGAAGGUGUCCGUCUGCUGCGCUAACGACACGAGCAGAUUCGUGCCUGAUUUGUUUAAUCGUGAUUCUGUCACUGAAGGUAAUCAAACAGCGGAGGGAGGCAAGGAGUCCCGGCAGGCGACGGCGCAGGCUUCGCGCAGCGUGAGCGGAGGGGGGCCCCGACUGCUCUGCCUCUCGCAGCUGCUGGUGACCACGGCCGCCCUGCUCUUCCUGACCGUCUGAGCGAGCCCCGACCCCCUCCCCACCCCCCCCUCGCGCCCUCCGGGGGCCACGGGGAGUGACCCCCGACGGGCAGCGGCGGCGCCCUGACGACCCCCGCCGUGGGGCGAGGGCGUCGACGAUGGCUCCCUCGAGCCCGGCGCUCCGGCAGCACCGCCGCUCGCCCCCACGGAGCCCGGUGUCGUCCCUCCCCUCGACGGAAUGUCAAGACAAUUUUUUUUAUUAACAUCGUCUCCAUCGUUAUCGUUGUUGUCGCGAUUACAUCUUAAUGCUGACGCAAGCGAUCAAGGGCUGUCGCGCGAGGACGCUUUGAAGGCCGCUCUUUUCUCCCCGCGCUUCAAAGGGAACCUCAGAAGUUUCACGGCGAAAGCUGCGAUGGCGAGCGGCGACUUUAAAUCACCAGCGUUUGCGAGCGCCCGUUUCCCCCGUGGGACCCGGGCUUGCCGUGGGCGGCGGAGCCCUUGAUCUGCCGACCACCGUCCGCCGUUUCACCGCUCCCCCGGGCGGAGGGCUGACCCGGCAGCCCGACCGCUGCUCCGGCGGGCGCAGACGGCAAGGGAGGUGGGGGAGGGGAGCAGAGGAUAUUGGCCAUAGAGAAGAGGAGGAAGGGGAGGAGUGAUGGGGAUGUCAUUCUGAGCGAAGAUGCAGAACAAUCGUCCACAGUUUACUGAACGAUACUUUUUGGAAAAUGAGCCAUUUAUACGUUGCCUCAAUCCCAAAGGCCAUCACGAAAAAGAAAAUGAGAUAGAUAGAUAUAUAUUCACAACAAGAUUAUACAAAUUUUGCUCGCAAAGAUUUUUACACCAAAUAUUUUAACCCCGUUACCGCAGAGGCGUUUGUAUUGUAGCGGUGCCGCACGGAGCGGCGUCGAGCCCAGCGGCACCGUACGGUGCCAGCGCCACGGCCGGCGCACCGCACGGUGCCAGCACUACCGCCAUUCUCCGCGUCGCGAGCGGCGGCGCUCGCCACGGUGCCAGCGGCUCCACGGACUCUACGGACUCCACGCAGACUCGGCACGCAGACGCUGCACGGACUCCACGCAGACUCGGCGUGGUGCCGUCGGCGCGGCACCACCGCUCGCCGCAGCCCGAGGGGGACCCCGCAAACUGAGAGGCCGAGUUGGGGGAGUGGAGCGACUCCGGGACGAGCUCGGCUCCGUCUCCACACGGACGCUCCACCUCGUCGGAGUCGCCGCUCCUGUGGGAGCGGGGGGUGGCGGGGGUGCCUGGUGACGACACUGAGAGGAUUCUGCACUGUCACACGCCUUGAAAUCCGCAGGACGUUGCCUGUAGAACAUGGACGCUCGCCGCCGGUUUCUCCAAGAAGGACGGGGCCUGUUUGGCCACGGACUAUGUUGUGGGUGGGAAACGGGGGGGCCUGGUUGAUGGGGAGGGGUCCUGGGGUGGGGGGGGCCUGCCUCCUGGGGUCACGUGACUGAGGGAGCAUAAUGGCCGACAAUCGCGUGCGGGUAUUUGCGGACUGCGUGUGCAUCGGGGGUCUGGGUGGCUGGCUCGCACGAAGCACACCGAUUUGUAAGCAGCGCACCACGUCCAGAGCACACCCACAGUUCACACGGGGCCACUGGCAAUGACUGCAGGGGGCGGUGCUGCCACAAUGGUGCCAUGGCUCGCAGCAGCAGCAGCAGGGCCACUGGGCUUGCAACCCAGAGGCAUGAAAUUUUACUUGAUCUCUCACCACGGCGGUUGAAACCCCUCCGCGUGCAGUGGCGGCAGCGAUGAACUGCGGUGCUGCAGCGAGGGCGCCGAGGGCACGCCAUGGCAUGCACAGCCCAGCGCACACUCGGCCACAGAGCACACAAGACGCACGGACCGCGCACACCCCGCACACCACAUCACACCGGGUCGCGUACGACGCGUUAUGCACAACCCGCAGCGCGCAUAUCUGUGCGUGCGUUUCCGUGUAUGUACGUGUACGUGUGUAAGUGUCUACGUGUCUACAUGUCUACGUGCGUGUGUACGUUCACUCCCUUUUGUAAAGCCCCCCCCCCCACCACCGUGCAGAACCCAAUCGUGUUUCUUAAAAAUAAACUCCAAAUGCUGACCACUA